AAUCUGUGCGACUCUCAGUGUGACUGUGCUCCAAACACUACUGAUGACGUCACCUGUGUGGAUGAGCUUGAUUGUGACUUGUAUUACACUCUACACCAUGAAGGACUAGCAACAUGCAUGCUGGGAGAGUCCCUGGCGUGCCCGGUGCCCCCGGAGCAGCCCAGAGAGCCGGGCAAGGAGCGCUGCAUCGCCCAGCAGUUCCUAUGUGAUGGGCACAACGAUUGUCAGACCGGGUACUACCUCUCCGACGAGUUUGGCUGUGAUAUCAAAGGAAAAGGCCCAGAUGAGAAGAUGUUUACUUGCAAGGACAACAGAACUCUUCCUGCUUAUUUAAGAUGUGACUUCAAGUUCGACUGUCUCCAUGGAGAUGACGAGGACAACUGCCACAAGCCUGUGUGUGGCAAAGAGGAGUUCCAAUGUACCAGUGGCCAAUGUAUUAGUCGCCUCUCUCGCUGUGACAUCCACAUCGAUUGUCUUGACAAGUCUGAUGAAAUAAACUGUGAUGAGUUCAAAUGCAGUGUUGGCAUGACCAAGUGUCACUCAGGGGGUCAAUGUUUGUCGUCACAUCUCUGGUGUGAUCACUACACAGACUGUCCGGACGGCUCCGACGAGCGCCACUGUGAGCCAGUGGAGUGUCACAGAGACCAAUACAGAUGUGACUCAGGCCAAUGUGUCUCUGUUCAGCUGAGGUGUGUAGAGUCUGGUACUGCUAGGUCGGGCUGUGCUGACAUGUCAAACCUGCGACAUUGCGAGGCGUGGCAGUGCGCGGAUGACCAGUUCAAGUGCAAGAGUGGACCAUGCCUGAACCACUCUCUGCUGUGUGAUGCUAGGGUGGACUGUCCUGGCUACUGGGAGGACGAGGAUAACUGCUCGUUCGCUUGCUCGUCGCUGGCUCCGCAGUGCGACUGUAGAGAUGUCCACAUCAACUGUACAGCGCGCAGUCUCACCAUCGUGCCCGUGGAUGCUGAGAAGGAGAUCACCUGGUUUUAUUUGGGAAGCAACGACCUUAGUAAAAGCAUCAACAAUCAAACAUUCAUACACCUGGACCGGCUUAUCUACUUAGACCUCAGUGCUAAUGGCCUGUCAGAGCUGCCUCCUGGAGUAUUCUCUACUCUGUGGCAACUCUCAGUUCUCGAUCUUCAUGACAACCUUCUGACGCACCUUGUCAAUGGAUCAUUUACCGGACUUGCUUCUCUUAAAGGCCUACACCUUCAAGGGAAUCAAUUAAAGGUUUUGCAUUCACUUGCAUUUUACGGACUGACAUCUUUAAAAACAUUGGACCUGAGCCACCAGCGUAUUGCCCUCAUACAGCCAGGUGCUUUUGUGGGCCUCAGAAGUCUCAUUGGACUGGAUCUGUCCCACAAUGCUAUAGAUUACCUUGAGCAAGGAUCGUUUCGAGGAGUUCCUAAUAUUAUCUUCAUUGGAUUAAACGGAAAUAAAAUACAGAACAUCGAACCUACAGUGUUUCGGAAUGUACCAGCGCUUGACAAACUGGUAACGGAUGAGUUCCGUCUGUGCUGUCUUGCACGUCAUGCCAGCGUAUGUCUGCCACCACCUGACGAGUUCAGUUCCUGCGAGGACCUCAUGUCCAACCUGGUCCUCAGACUGUGUGUGUGGCUGCUGGCUGGCGUGGCCAUCGUAGGGAACCUCAUGGUCAUCAUAUGGCGAAGCAAAUACAGCUACUGCAAUCAGGUACAUUCAUUCCUAAUCACUAACCUUGCCCUGGGCGAUUUCCUGAUGGGCUCCUACCUACUGAUGAUCGCCGUGGUCGACCGCUACUACCGUGGCGUCUACUUCAUUCACGACUCCGAGUGGCGCUCCAGCAGACUAUGCGCCAUGGCGGGCUUUCUGUCCACCUUCUCCAGCGAGCUGUCCGUCUUUACUCUGACUGUUAUAACCCUGGAUCGUUUCCUAGUCAUCAUAUUCCCGUUCAAGGUCCGGCGACUAGAGAUGGCCCGUACAAAGUGGUUGAUGACGCUAGGGUGGCUUGUCGCAGCUCUCCUCUCCGCAUUGCCUCUCUUGAACAUCAACUACUUUCACAAUUUCUACGGCAGGUCGGGUGUGUGUCUGGCCCUCCAUAUCACACCGGACAAGCCCAGUGGCUGGGAAUACUCUGUAUUUGUCUUCUUGUUUCUCAACCUGCUUUCGUUCAGUGUGAUCGCAGCCAGCUACCUGUGGAUGUUUGUGGCUGCUCGCACCACGCAGCUGGCUGUCUCUAGAGAGAGGCGCAGUACAGACUCUGCCAUGGCCUUCAGGAUGUCGUUGCUGGUGGUGACUGACGCGGCAUGUUGGGUUCCCAUUAUCGGGUUGGGACUCUUAUCACUUGCCGGGUUCACCGUUCCACCCCAGGUUUUCGCGUGGGUCGCAGUGUUCGUGUUGCCCCUCAACGCCGCAGUCAACCCUGUGUUGUAUACGUUGUCUACAGCUCCCUUCGUCACUCCAGCACGUCACAAUCUGCUCUCCUUUAGACAAUCCUUCAAAUUCUCCAGGAACACCUUCACAUCGACGUUACCAACCAGGGUAUAUGGAUCUGAACGUAGUCAGCCUGGAAGUUGUUACACGAUAUCAAAGAGAACAUCGAUAAGGUGGCAGCCCAGAGUGGAGCCUGUGGAAGGGGUUCCUCUGAGUAGCUUUGACACCUGACAGUCGAGACAUCCUCGCUACGACUAGACAGUACACCUCCACCUACACCGGUGGACAGUCGACUGACGAGACAGUCAGUGGACGAAACGUGUGGAGUGA